AGAAGCGGAAAGUGCUACACAAACUACGCGGCAAAACUUCUGACUAUUUAAAUAUUAUAAGAGUAAAGUUGGUUGUUUUCCAGAUCCCUCAACCAGACGUUGUAAGGGACUUUGUGGUAUCGUAAAGGAAAGAGUGCUGUCACUUCUGUAAUUCGCAAUUUCAGGAACUGAAACUUCCUGAACUUCUCAUUGCUGUUACGAUCAUGGCAGUGCCCUUCGUCCAAGACUGGGAUGUAGUGCAGGAUCUUGGAGAGGGGGCAUAUGGAGUGGUGCGAUUACUGAUGAACAGAAAGACUGACGAGGCUGUAGCUGUGAAAGUCCUUGACACCCAAACUAACUCAGACUGUCUUGAAGUUGUGAAGAAGGAAGUUUGCAUCCACAAGAUGUUGACGCAUAUAAACAUAGUGCGUUUCUUUGGACACAGAAACGAGUCUAAUUUACAGUACAUAUUUCUAGAGUAUUGCAGCGGCGGGGCGCUCUUUGAUCGCAUCGAGCCAGACAUUGGAAUGCCAGAGAAAGAUGCCCAUCGUUUUUUCCAGGAGUUGAUCGCAGGAGUGGAAUACCUCCAUGGACUAGGAAUCACACAUCGCGAUAUCAAACCAGAAAACUUAUUGUUAGAUGAUAAAGAUACUUUAAAGAUUGCAGACUUUGGGCUAGCAACAGUCUUCCGUCAUCGAGGCCGAGAGAGGUUGCUUGGGCGGGCAUGUGGCAGUCUGCCCUACAUUGCCCCAGAGGUCAUGUCACGGUCACAAUUCAAAGCCCAACCCGCCGACACAUGGUCAUGUGGCAUCGUUCUCACUACUAUGUUAACAGGAGAGUUACCAUGGGAUCAGCCAACUGAUAACUGUCAGGAGUAUGCAGAUUGGCUUCAGACAAAGACCUACCUCAACCCAUGGAAGAAAAUUGAUGCCAUGCCACUGUGCCUCCUCACUAAAAUCCUGCUCCAUGACCCUAAAAAGAGAAUUGCAAUCGCUGAAGUUAAGAAACACCCCUGGAUUUGUAAGAAGUUCCGAUCAGGAAUCAAUCAGUCACCCAACAAAAUGCUGGAUUCUGGACGCCGUCUUGGACGGACCAACAGUGACGACCGGACUCAGAUCUCCAGCUCACAGCCGGAGCCCCAGGAUCUGUGGGAGCUCACUGGGCCGGUUAGCUACACUGAUGGGACCAUGGUCAGCUUCUCCCAGCCAGUCUGCCCAGACCACAUGCUGCUUGGAAGCCAGCUGCUUGGAACACCUGGAGCGAGCCAGAAUCCCUGGCAGCGUCUGAUUCGGAGGAUGACCAGGAUCACUACUGCACUGUCUGCUGAGGAGGCGAGCGAGGAUCUCAAAGCUGUCUGUAUAUCACUGGGGCACACAUGGAAACACACAUGCACCAAUCAGGUGACCAUCAGCACAAAUGACCGUCGCAACAACAAGCUAAUCUACAAGGUUUAUUUCCUGGAUGUGGAUGAAGGAACCCUAAUCGAUUUCAGACUUUCAAGGGGUGAUGGACUAGAGUUCAAGAGAUACUUUGUGAAGAUCAAAGAGAAGUUUUCCCACAUUCAGAAGCAGAAGGUCGCUGUUUGCUGAUGAAGGAUGAGCAUGUUGGAGGCUGUUUGCUGUUUCAUUUUGUAUCAUGACCAAAACCCAGCACACAUUCAGUCAAUUAUGUCAAAUACAAAAAAACAUGUUUACAAUGUUAAUAGUUUAUUAGUUACACCCAGAAGACCAUGUGAAAUAAAAACUCAAGACAAAAUAUUGUUGAAGUGUGAGUGGAAAGUGUUAGAUAGUUAUUUUUUCCUAUACUGUAUCGAUAUCUUUGGUAUUGUAUUUAAUAUGUAAACUUUUUAUGUGUUGUGUUCUUAUCUGUUCUCUUGCGUGUGGCCUACACUUUAAGUUUGUCUGUUUGUGGAGUUGCACGCUAAUAAACUUAAUGGA